GACAGAUUAAGGGGAGGUCUAAGGGGUGCUACAGCUCUGGGUCCCAUUUCUCAGGGAGCUUCGUUAUAAAAUUUCAUUGUCGCCUCUUUUCCUUAUAAUUAGAUGUUACUUAAUUUUAUUCAAAGGACAUUGCAAUUUUUCAACCUAGUUUUGUAGGUGGGUGAGUUUAUGAUGUCAGUGUCACCGUUUAGACUGCAUCCUCUUCGUUGAAUUGUUAGAACAUUUUCAACAGGAAUUCGUGGAUUGAAUCUUAAUUAUCUUAAUGCGUAUUUUACGUAAUCCGCUCGGUUUUCCCGUCUAUAAGAUCAAUAAACAUUCUCCAAAAUACCGGCUGUUUGUAGAAUCGUUCACUAAGUGCUAGAAUCAGUAGGGUCAAUAAUAUGGAGCCUCGUAAAAAAUUCCUUUUGGCUACUGUUCGCAAAAUAACCGAAAAUUCGUUUAAUCUACGUGUGUGUUCACCUUGACCACCUGAUACGGAACCAGGCAACUGAAAUUUCAUUAUGUUAACGCUUAAAUGAGCAAUAUUUAGCGAGCAAAGAACCUCGAUCUAAUUUUUGCAGAUUUAACUUAAAGAAAUUAAUUUAUUUUUCGCUAUUUCGUAUGAAGAUUUCAUUCACACGAGAAAAGAAAGGUGAAUGUAAAUUUGAAAUAGCAUUAGUGUUGCAAUAAUAAUGUAAAGUAGUAAAUUAGAAUCUUAUAAUGGAACUAUGUUACUGGUAACGUGCUUUACCACCCGUGUCCACUUUCACUGUGACGAUCAAAAAAUUAGUCUUCACGAUUCACAUUAUUUCACCCACAUUUGUGUUAGUUUAUAAAUAUAAAAUCAAAUGCAUAUGAUAAAUAAGAUAAAUAUUGAUUUCAGGCUGUCAUGAUUCAAAAUGUUUCCUUGUCAAAAAUAAGACUAAAAACGUGACUCCGAAUUUGUACAUAGAAAUGUUCAGUAUAAUUUGAUGAAUAUAUUUAAGAAUAUUAAAUUGCAUUAAUUAACAUAUUAAGUCUCAUGGUGAUCAAAGGCGAUCAGCACUAUAAAUUUAAAAGAAAUUCAAAAAUCUUUGAUUUAAUAUUAAUAUUUUGUUAAAUUACACAAAGUAGCAAGUGGUUUUAAAUAAUUGCAAUUAUGAAGUGCCAAUUAAAUUUGGGUCAAGAUUGACCCAGGCUUCGCUGUUCAAGGGUUAAAGUAUAAUCUCCUAAAAAUCCUUGCAUUUUAAAAAUAAACCCAAGAUGUCUUUCAAAAUAAAAAUUCAAACUUAUCUAUGCAACGAAUGCCCUGUAAUUAAGGGUUAAAUUUGUAUCGCAAAUACCCCAUGAAAAACUUCCAUUCGCAACAUAGAUCCGAAUAACAGUCAGACGUACCGUAACGUAUGUUGCAUCGGUUUAGUCACGUAGUAGCUCCUCGAGUCAUCUUAUUUUUAACCUGCUGGCAUGUACAAUACACGUACUUACGUACGUGUAACACGGAAAGUGUCCGGAUCUGGGCCAGUCUGUCCACCCCACCCAGCACCCGGUAAUCCGGUGGUCCCAACCAUCGCGUUUAUCCGAUCUCCUCGUUCCCUACCGAUCCCCUCUUCUUGUACCUGAUGUAACUCCAUCUCCCUCGAAGUUUUGCUCCAAGUUGCCGCGCUUCCAUACGAUCGGUUCAGAGUUUACUAAGAGACCACGAAUCCUCCGAAGGUUCAGUGCGAAACACGCUCUCGAACUCGAAGGAUCCUUCGACUUCUUCAUCCUUUGAUCCCCCACUUGGCUACGACUGCACGGAGAACGUAAGAAGACACAGGAAAGAGAUACUUUCCCUCCCUGUUGGUACUCGCGAGUUCUUCACGCGAUAUCAUACGACGAGGUACGAUCUAGCGUGUUCAAUUUUCAUCUCGAUGAACGACGAUCGCGAGGAUCGUGGUUCGUUUCUACCGGGUCUUGAAAUCGCGAAGAAUUGCUACGAAUUUCUUGGAGGAUAUUGAAAAAGAAAUAACAGAAGAAUUGACGGGAUGAUCGACAGGACGUGGUUGCCGGUCCUUUUCGGACUGCUGGGACUCUGUUACGGCUUGCAAUGCCCGAAGCAGAAGGUAUCGCCAGGCAGGGAGGUGGUCUGCUACACUUCCGUUUCCGACGUCGACCGAUUGACCGAGGCUGUUUGCAAAUGCACCACUCUGGUGCAGCAAGGCUAUGACGUGCGAAAUCUUUCGAUUUCCGAAUUCGAAAAUUUUCGAAAAUCAUUGAAAGAGAUCAGUCCAACUCUCCAAUUCGUUAUCUCUAUUGAUGAUCCUGGAAAGACACUGAGAACUUCCGGUACAGUUCGUCAAGAGAUCACCGCUCGUUUGAUCGGUAUUUUGAAAGAGGUCGAUGGAAUCGAACUGAACAUGACUGCAGGUUCCAAAGAACGUUUGGUACAUUUUGCGAAGGGAUUGAAGGACGAAAUGGUGAGAAAAUCCUAUGACACAAGGAUUUUCAUGGCUCUCCCUACCAAACCAGAAGAAUUGGCAAAACAGUUCGAUCUGAAAGAACUAUCCAAGUACGUGGACCUAUUUACAAUCCCCACAGACCAUCUGGUCGAAGAUGACGAAGCCUAUCACACCUUUCAUCCUUCACGAUUGAUGGGUCUGUUCGACAUGUUCAACGCGGACAACUUGAUCGACUUAAUAAGCGGAUUGGGAGUGCCAAAGAGGAAAAUCUUAAUGUCACUGCCAUCCAGCGCGUACGAGUUCACUUUAAAGGAUCAGGACGAUAACGCUCCAAGGGCACCCACUGAAAACAUGCAACCGGUUAUCAUUGAUCAGAAACAGCUAUGCGAUUUGAUGAAACAAGGGGAAUGGACGGUUGAAAGGGACGAAGAUCUUACUGCACCUUAUACAUUUAAAAAUAAAACUUGGAUCGCUUUUGAGGAUAAAAUUUCAGUUGGCAUAAAGGGGAAAUAUGUAUUGCUUCGCGAACUACCUGGACUUGCUAUAAGGGAUGUAGAAAAUGACUCCAAAACGAAAUGUGGCAUGCCUCUUACGUAUGAAAUCAAUCAUUCUUUCAUGGAUUUCAAGAGGAAAUCGAGGGCUGCUGUUUUGAAUGCUUUGGAAGAUGAAUUGCAUCAAACCCAACUAUCUUACCCAACUCAAGUUAAAUCGUCCGAUUUUCGAGUUGUCCGUGUCGUGGACACCGAAGGGCACAUUCGAGUAGUUCGUGAAAAUACUCAGACUGAAUUCACUUGCAACAGACAGGGCUACUUUGUUCAUCCAAAGAGUUGCAAUAGAUUUUAUCGUUGUGUUAAAUUCAACCAAGAAGUCGAAGACUACUCUGUCUUCGAAUUUGACUGUCCAGCUGGUUUAGCCUUUGAUGAGACCACAGAGGUUUGCGUCUGGCCAGGAUCGUUAUCUCAAGGAUCUCCAUGUCCUGGAAGUAGCGAAAUUGCACCUGUAACUCGAGUAAGAUUCGAAUGUCCUUCAACCCCUGGAUACUACGCCGAUCCACAAAAUCCACGAUGGUUCUUCGCCUGCAUAGACUUAGGAGGCCCACAUAUGAUGGCAUACGAAUUCCGUUGUCCAUUCAGUCUUAUCUUCGACGAACAUAAGCUGGCCUGUGAGUGGCCUUGGUUAGUAGAAGGUUACUCUGGCACUGGCUAUACAAGAACUGAAUAUGGCAAUAGUGGAUAUGGUACUGGGUCCACUCCGGGUACUGGUGGAUAUUAUACUGGAGCAUUGCCUGAUGGAUACUCGGGAUCAACAGGUGGAUAUGGAGGUGGAUCAGGAUACCAAGGUGGAGCUGGAUCUGGAUCUCAAGGCGGAGCUGGAUAUCAAGGUGGAGCCGGAUACCAUGAUGGAGCUGGAUACCAAGGUGGAGCUGGAUCUGGAUCUCAAGGCGGAGCAGGACAUCAAGGUGGGGUUGGAUCCCAAGGUGGAGCUGGAUAUCAAGGUGGAGCCGGAUACCAUGGUGGAGCUGGAUCCCAAGGUGGAGCUGGAUCUGGAUCUCAAGGCGGAGCAGGAUAUCAAGGUGGAGUUGGAUCCCAAGGUGGAUCAGGAUAUCAAGGUGGAGCAGGAUACCACGGUGGAGCAGGAUCCCAAGGUGGAGCAGGAUACCAAGGUGGAGCUGGAUCCCAAGGUGGAGCUGGAUACCAAGGUGGAUCAGGAUAUCAAGGUGGAGCAGGAUACCACGGUGGAGCUGGAUCCCAAGGUGGAGCUGGAUCUGGAUCUCAAGGCGGAGCAGGAUAUCAAGGUGGAGUUGGAUCCCAAGGUGGAUCAGGAUAUCAAGGUGGAGCAGGAUACCACGGUGGAGCUGGAUCCCAAGGUGGAGCAGGAUAUCAAGGUGGAGCAGGAUACCACGGUGGAGCUGGAUCCCAAGGUGGAGCAGGAUACCAAGGAACAACAGGAUAUCAUGGUGCAGGUGGUGCUGAAUCGACAGGAACAAUAGGUAAAGGUUCAGGAUUUUCUGGAGCAGCUGGUGUUGGCUAUUCUGGCUCAACCGUAACUGGAGGGUAUCAAGGAUCGACUGGUGGAGCUCAUGGUGGAUCUGGAAUAAGUUAUACUGGAGCCACUGGUGGGGGAUAUCAGGGAUCCGGUUCUCAUGGAGGAUCUGGAACACAGUACACCGUACCAAGUGGAGGAGAAUAUCAAGGAUCAACUGGUGGAGCUCACGGUGGAUCUGGAAUAAGUUAUACUGGAUCUGCUGCUGGCGGAUAUCAGGGAUCUGGUGCUCAUGGAGGAUCUGGAACACAAUACACUGUAUCUACGGGAGGAGAAUAUCAAGGACCAACUGGUGGCGCUCAUGGUGGAUCUGGAAUAAGUUACACAGGAACUACUGCUGGAGGAUAUCAAGGAUCUGGUGCUCAUGGAGGAUCUGGAACACAAUACACUGUAUCUACGGGAGGAGAAUAUCAAGGAACAACUGGUGGCGCUCAUGGUGGAUCUGGAAUAAGUUACACAGGAACUACUGCUGGAGGAUAUCAAGGAUCUGGUGCUCAUGGAGGAUCUGGAACACAAUACACUGUAUCUACGGGAGGAGAAUAUCAAGGACCAACUGGUGGCGCUCAUGGUGGAUCUGGAAUAAGUUACACAGGAGCUACUGCUGGAGGAUAUACAGGAUCAACAAGCAGUGCCCAUGGAGGAUCUGGAACGCAAUACACUGGAUCUGCUGCUGGAGGAUAUGCAGGAUCAACAAGCAGUGCCCAUGGAUCUGGAACGCAAUACACUGGAUCUGCUACUGGCGGAUAUCAGGGAUCUGGUGCUCAUGGAGCAUCUGGAACACAAUACACUGGAUCUACGGGAGGAGAAUAUCAAGGACCAACUGGUGGCGCUCAUGGUGGAUCUGGAAUAAGUUACACAGGAGCUACUGCUGGAGGAUAUACAAAAUCAACAAGCAGUGCCCAUGGAGGAUCCGGAACGCAAUACACUGGAUCUGCUGCUGGAGAAUCAGGGGUUUAUGUUGGUUCAACUGGACACGGUGCUGUAACUGAAGGUUACCGUGGAUCAGGAGUAAAAGGAGGCCAUGCUGGUUCUCCUGGAGCCCAAUAUCCAGGACCGUCUUACGGAACUGCAUCGCCAGGAUUUUCUGGAGGAGUUGAUUAUUCAGCUUCACCUACUGGUCAGACAGGAACAAAGUAUUCUGGAUAUGAUAUAGGAGGCAUAGGUGGAUCCUCGGCACAUGGUCAAACGGUUGGUACUUCUGGAAGUGGAACACAAUACUUUGGAGCAACUGGUAGUCAAGGACAAAUACCUGAAUCCACUUACGUACACAAACCUGAUGGACCGCGUUACAACUGUGUGACUUGCACUGCUGCUCAACCUUCGUCUGGUCAGACCUACGUAACGGACGGUUACCUUGCUAGCCAUGGUGCCUCUGGUUCUGGUGCAACUAUUUAUCAAGGUACCACUGGAUACACGAGUAACGUAACUUUGGGUGGAAGCUACGUACCUUCUGCUGGAGGACCAACCUACCACGUGUCGCCCUCUGAUUACGGAUUUUCAGGAGGAGCUGACAGUGGUACUAUCAUUACAGGACAUAAUGUUCAGGGGUCAAUUGUCACUGGAAGCUCUUCUCCAGGAACUCUUGUUACUUAUAGCCAGACACCUGGUGCUAUCCUAUCAGGAUCUUCCGAGCAAGGAACCAUAGUAACCGGAGGCAGUUAUCCAGGAUACACUCAAACUGGCGCAGGUACACCUGGAUAUGUAAUCAGUGGAGGUGUCAAAACUGUAUAUCCUGGCUCCGCUAGUCCUGGAACUAUAAUACAUGGAGCACAUACACCAGGUGUCCUAUUAACUGGCCCACCUGAUGCUGGAACUAUUAUAAAAGGACAGCCAAGUCCUGGCGUCGUCCUAACAGGGCAAACAGCACCUGGGGUGUCACUUGGUGGUGCAGUCGAACAUGGAACAGUCAUUGGCAAUCAAGUAUACACUCAAACAGGUUACACGACUCAACAUGGAGGUACUGGUACAGGUGGCGUCUAUGGAACGAAAACUGGAAACGUGCCAUCAACAUAUGACACCGGUUACAAGACAAACGAAUACCAUGAUAAUGGAGGACGUGGUACUAUUAGGUUCAAUAAUGGCGAUGUAACUACCAAGUACACUGAGAACGACAUUCCGGACUACAGACCAGCCGGGGGCACUAUACCUCCUGACACUCUUCUUAGUGGAGGUGUUCCAGGGACAUCAACACCAAGUGGAUUCACAAAAACUGGAAUCACCAAGACAGGCUUCACCACAGCCUCUUUAGGAGGUGAAGGUAGUUACGUGAUUGGCACUCAAUCAAGACCUACACCUAAACCUGAGAAUAUAGGUGAGAAGGCUUUCGAGGGUAACGUGGCAGGAUACACCAAGUCAUCGACUGAAAGUAGCAUCAGGGGCUAUCCAAAUACCCCUUCGACUCAGUAUCAAAGUGCUGGUCACGAUGAUACCUCCAGGAUCACUUUGGGUCCAUCAAAAUUCACUGGCUACUCCUAUCCUAGACCAAAUGUUCCAUUCGUAACUGGAAUUACAUCCUCUCCAACUGGAUCAGUUUCUCCCACAGAGGGCAAUGUCCUCACAGCAACAACUCCGACACCAUUCUUGAAUGUAGAGGUGUAUAAUAGCCCCAAGUUUGGUACUUCUACACCUGGUUCACCUGCAGUUGUGAACACCUAUCAGAGACCUACAGGCUUCGUCCAUGUCACUUCACCAGCCACACCGAUUUACACAACAGGACCACUUGAGAAUUACAAAACAACUAUUUUCGAAGCUGCCAAGGUUCCUAUUGUUGCAUCUACAGUUAGGCCUGUGAUCGAUAAUGGUUAUAAGACCAUAAUAUCUUCAACUCCCAUACCAGUGACCUUAACUCACGAUCAGUUUGGUGGAAAUAUUCAGACUGGAUCUGGGUAUGAUCAAACCCAGUUUGGAUUUGGAACAAAGUCUCAGCAGGCUGGAUAUGGACAGAAGGAUUAUAUUUCUGGUACGACACCUUCUUCAGUGUUUGAAGUCCCAUCGAACACACGCCCCCAGAUUAACUAUGGGUCACCUGGUUCUGCAUACUUUGGUUCAACCUCGAAGAAUGCCUUUGAGCAGCAGUACGUAACACCUUCCAGUAUUUCAGAAUCAUUGAAACCACAGACUCAGUAUAUUCCAAGCAGUACUCUUUCACCAGCUAUUGGUGUAACCUACAGAAAACCAUUCACUUUGCCUAAUCUCACACCUACACCAUCUCCUGGUUCAUACCCCAGCUCUGGACCAGGUUCCAUCAGUGGUGGAUCCCCAACAAACGUAAAUAUUCCUAGAGACGAAGUUGGAAAAUUGAUCACCAACUACAACAGAGGAACGACCAAAUACGUCCCAAGUGAAUAUGACGUCUACUCUCCUGGAUCAUUCGGUGGAUCAUCUUCGUCAUCCACCUUCGGACAGGGAUAUGGCUCGACACCGUCAGUUCAGAAAACACAGUUCCCUGUUGGAACUUACUCUGGAGGUUACUCGAAACCCUCUUCCAUAAGCACCUAUCAAUCCACUGCCAAAUCUACAGCUGUAGGUAAAGGAAAGGUGAUCGUCAAAUGGAGUGACCUUCAUCCACUACUUCUGGGCAAACUGGGAGCAGAAUGCACCUGUAGAGGUGAUCCUUUUGCCAAUCUUCGUGGUCCAGGUUCCAGACUGAUCAACUCCUCCAAAGGCAAAGUGGAUCUGUCCAGUUAUGACGAGUCUGAGAUCUAUGUAGACCUUGAAAAGGACGGUUCCUAUGAAAAGAACGACUAUGUAACCAACUAUGACGGUCCAGUUAAGAUUUGGAACGAUGAAUUAGCUCAAGUCCAAGAGAAACCAUCAUCCACUUAUCUACCCAGUGUUACUCCUUCAACGAACCUGGGUGCUCCUUCCCAAAAUUUGAUCAGUGGCUCGUCGAAUCGUGGUUUCACUGCCAAUUUUAGAUCCGGGAAGAGUCUGAGUAAUUUUGAUUCCUCCUCUAAGUUAGCCGGAAACAGAGGACAGUCUUUGGAUCAGCAGGAACCUGCAGCAUUCGGUGACUCUGAGGAAAUUAUAGAUGGUGCCACUAACUGUGCCAGACCCGGUCUCUUUCGGCAUCCUAAUUUCUGUAACAAGUUCUAUGCUUGCCAUUGGGACGAGUGGAAGAAGAAAUUCACCCUCCACAUGUUCAACUGCCCGGUGCAUUUAACCUUCGACAACGGCGCGAACGCCUGCAAUUGGCCCAGCAUGGGGCCUGCCUGUCAGGACGAUAAUUUGUUAGUUUAAACGGUUCACUGUCGACCUUGAACGCGAUGGUGCACUCUCGUGACACCUCUUCUUCGUUCAGAUAUUCAGGGCACGAGUACAGUUUGAAUGCAAAAUGCAGUAUCGAAGAGUUUGGUGUAAACCAGUUAUUGGCAGCAAUCGAUUUUAUCAAUUGGCAUUUCCAGCUUAUUCGUAACAUAUAGAACUUAAGGAAUUCAGAAUGUCAUCGUAUUUUAAUUAAAUUCUUACUCAUCUGUUAAAUUUUGAAGUCAGGUUGAAGGCUUAGGUGGAGUUUAUACUAUUUCCGUUCACAAAUUAUCUUGAUGAAUUUUAUUUAAUUAUCUUGGUACAGUAACUUUGAUUGAUGGCAAUUUUCAAAAUUUUGAAAUAGGGGAGGUAUAGGUCUUCAGAUUCCUUAUAUAUACAUUCUGUGACAAGGAACAAAAGGCCAUGAGGUAAUAUUUAAUUAUAACGAGGUAACGGUUUAUACUGAAUUUCUUUGCAUACCAUUGGAACGUUCACCUGAACAGGCGUAACAGAGAAUGCUUUCUCGAGGUAACGAGGAUCGAGACAAAGAAGAAGAAAGAUCCAAGGCGAUCGAGGUGCCACCACGCGAAAGCACACUGUAUGUCCAGAGUGAAAGUCAAACUGUACUCGACGAUCCAAAUCGCGAGUGAAGUCGAUUAAAUAUCGUCGAGAAUCAUUGUAAAUAACGUCCCCUGUUCCUCGAAAUUUGUAAAUAACCACGCGUUAUGUAUAUCCUAAAGCUAACAAAAAAUGAAAUUGGGAAAGUGGAUCCGGAAGUGUUUGACCCUUGAACGGCGGACCAUGGAGAGAGCCCCAAUUUUAAUUUAAUUUUGUAUCUGAUAUUAUCUCGUGCACCCCCCGAUUCGUUAAUUCUUCUACCUUGAUUUCUGACACUUUCCAUUUAAAAAUGGAAGUUUAUUUUAAUAUUUCUAUUUUUUAUGCGUUACUUAAGCUUGCCUUGAUUCUGUGUUCAUCUCGUUCCUAUAUUUCCCCCACUCUCUCUCUCUCUCUCUCUCUCUCUCUCUCUCUCUCUCUCUCUCUUUCACUCUCUCGCUUCUUCUUGAAUGCAAUUAUUAUUUAUUUACAGCUUAUUAUUUGUAGGUGUUAAGGAUACGAUAAAGAUCUAUUGAUCUACUAGAAUCGACAAGGAUUUCUGUUUGCACAAUUCUGAAUCGACGCUUCGAUAAUCAGUGCCAUUUUAUCGUGGUUAUCUAAUUAAUAUGUAAUAUGUACGAAUAUAGAAUAAAAUAGUAAGACGUGUCAAUUUCA